AGGCCGCGUGACGUUUUUUUAAAGGGACGGCGUGCAAAGUGUCCUUAAAUUCGCCUUCACAACGUAGACGCUCGUUUGUAAUAAACUUUUAUAUACACAACUUUCAUAUAUAUAUACACAACUUUCAUAUAUAUAUACUGUACACACAAAGGCGCUAUCGAGUGCCGAGGUAACCACAGUAACAAGGUUAACCCCAGCCCCCCAGCCCGUUAUCCACACGCAAGCCACAUCGCCCACAGGUCAACGCCGGACAGGAGAUGCCGGCGGUGCGGCAUGUGACGCGCGUGCGCUCCCUCUACCGCCGGCUGCUGCAGCUGCACCGCCACCUCCCCGUGGAGCUGGCGGAGCUGGGCGACCGCUACGUGAAGGACGAGUUCCGGCGCAACAAGACGGCCGGCCCGCGCCUCGCCGAGCAGUUCCUCGCCGAGUGGGAGGCGUACGCGACCACCCUGCAAACGCAGGUGACUCAGGAUCCGGGUCGGGUGAUCCGGCCCGGAGCUUACCUGAACGACGAGCACCUGUCCAACUUGCGCGAGGAGCAGGUGGAGCAGCUGUACGAGCUCAUGCAGGCGACCACCGCGGCCCCCGGCUCGCAGGACUCGCGGAACGGAGCGCCGGGCGGAACCGGAGCGGCAGGGCCAGCCUCGUGAGCCGGGCGGAUCCCGCCCGCUCCGUGUCGCGUCUUGGACUUUCUCGGGGAUUAAAGGGGGGGGGGGGUGCAAGGCCUGGUUAGCGAGCGCCUAUUAAGGCUGGCGUAAGCACAUCAGAGGGCAGGAUGGCUGGACCUACGCCCGGCCGCCUUUUUAGCUUUUCUCCUCCGAUGCUUACUCAACUGCAGCGGCAAGGGUUGUCACAUCGAAAGGUGCGCAGAGAAACGGAGGGCUCUCACGGGUCGACGAAAAUCUCCCAGUAUUGUGUCGAGUGAGGCGUGGAUCGUUAAUGCGUCAUUGUUAUCGUUCAGCAACUGUUCAAACACCGGGGAACUUUGAAUGUCCCGGGAAAGACUCCCAGAUUGCCCGGCUUACGGCAGCCGCAGCCUCGCCAACGAGAGGGAACGGGUCGACGACCGUAGGCGUGCCGGCUGAUCCUUGAAACCCCCACCCCGUGGUACAAAAACAGUCUACUAAACGAGUGUUCUACCGGCGCGACUUUCCCAUGUAAAUGCGACGUAGUUUCUGUACCCGCCCGCUUCACCGGGUUGUCUACCACCCCCCCCCCCCCACAUUAACCGGGACGCGUCGGGUACAUGCGGCCUGGCGGAUAUUCGCGUGCUGCUGUUUUUUUGUCAACCCGAAAUUUUUCGGCAGUGGGCCUUUCUUGUGUACAGCAAAAAAAAUCUAAUAAAGCUAUUUGAACAAA